UUUAGUCCACACCCAGACCCAUGCCAGCCCUAAGGGUGUUUAUUAAGGGCUGGGCACUGGGCAAAUUGACUGGCUAUGAGGAUAAUUUUGUCUGCUUGGUUUAACCAUCUAGAAGAAAGUUUUUGUAUAAAGAUGUUCAGUUCAAAACAUUUUUCCCACCUGUGAAAACCAGUUGCCACGCUGUUAAUGAAAUCCUUUAACCCUAAUUGGGGCUGUAUAGAAUGUCAAGAAAAUCCCAUUUUAUUUUAACUUCUGGUUUUGUAAUCCAAGUUUUUGCUCUUGGUCUCCGAGGAUGCUUAUAAAAUAACAAACGUUGAAAUAGUAUCGUCAGUAUUUAAUAACUUUCCUUGUCUUUGUUUUAUCACCUUAAAGUAAUUUUAUUGUAUUAUGUCCUUUAUUUUCCAGCUAUCUGCUACAAGUUUGCCCUGUUUGAGCCAGAACAGUGUUAUUAGUUCCUGUUCAACAAGACGCAGCCAUUGCAAUAUUAGUAACAAACUUGGUAUGGCCAGUGAACCGCUUUUACUGUCAACAGAAUCAGAUUCAGAAAAACUGGAAGCAGAAGAUUUCAAAUGUUCUAAGGACGUUCCGGAGAAAACUUCUGUCACUGAAUGUCAAGGUCCUGGUAUGUUAGUUAUAGAGAGUGGUGCAAGUUCAUCAUCUGCAGGAUACUGCUUCUUUUGCACGCAACAGGGGCCUGUCAUAAAAGAGAAUGUCAGUAACAGUCACAAGUCUAAAAAGAGAAAAAAGUCACAAAGUUUAUUGGUAUUGAAUUCUGUUGGUUCAAAGAGCGAGAAUACAUCUCAUUUAUUACGUGACUCAUGUAAUAACUUGACCACGAUCAGGAGUAGUUCAGCAUCCAUUCUAAGGAGUGCUAUUUUAAAGGUUAAGCAGCCCAGCAGGAACAGUUCAAAAGAUCAAAGCAUUUGUUCGUCACUCAGCAAGCUUACUGAAUUGCGAGAAAGUUGUGGCCUGAUGUGUCGCAUUUGUCACAGUGGUGAUGAAGAUGAGGAGCUCAUAAGACCUUGCAAAUGCACUGGAACUGUUAAGUAUGCCCAUCAGAGUUGUAUAUUGAACUGGGUUUCAAAAUCUGGACAUGAAAGCUGUGAGCUGUGCAAGUUCAAAUUUAGGACAAAGAAGCAUAGUGUGAAGUGCUUCUGGAAGUGGAGUUUUCCUGAAGUAAGCACCAAAGGGUGGCUACACAUUGGGCUUUUCAUUGCUUUUGCAACAAUGCUACUCACUUCCGUGACGUGGAUUAUCUGGUCACGUGUCAGUAGGACUCCAUCAGCAAUCGCUGAGCGAACCACUGAGGAAGUGAAGUUUGCUUACAUGGUCAAUGGUUUGUUCAUCGCUUUGGCUGUUGGUGGUUUGUACUUUGACAGUUUGAAACAUUUUAAACAGUAUUCAAAGAGAUGGGCAGCACUGAACCAGAAUGUGGUGGUGGAGUGUUAUGAAGAAAAUGGCAAAGUCGAAGGGGUAGAUGUUAACUUACCCCAAAGGGUGUGUCCCAGACAGUCCUCUGUCAGCAAAGCCAUGGAGGAGAGUGAACCAGAGAGACUUUCAGUAGCUGUUCAUACAGAGCCAGAUGAACGUGUUGGCAGAAAUGAUUCUACAGACUGGGUUUAAUAGUCUAGCCAACAAAAUAAUAAGUGUUACUCUCUAUUAUGUUACUUGUGUUUGUAGCUGAUAUGAUGCCUGCUCUGAUUGGCUAAGACUAGGGCAUUAUUCUCACGUAAUGCCCAUGGGCCAAUUACGGACCUGUAAAACCCCCAAAAAAGCUAUAUAAUAAACUGCUUAUUAAUCUCAAAUGUUCGAUCUGGAUGGGGAGAUCUUAAACCUCAGCCCUGCCGUAUUGACCUCACUAUCACUUGGUCGCAAGGUUUCCGUUUGAGAUUUUUCUGUUAAAACCUCACUCUCGGGUUAAUAAUAACUAUGCAAUAAAUUGUUCAUUGAAUUAUCUUGAGUAUCAGUAAUGGGAACUUUUAACACUGAGGUUUGUGUUAUUGCUGGCAUGUUUUUAGCCUGCAGGUGCAGACGUAUUUGACAGCUGGAAAUACUUCUGUGUAAUUUGCAGGCUAAUUUUUUUUUAAAGAAAAACAAGUCCUUGACUGUUCAUACGUAAACUGAACUCCAUUAUUUGUUUUGUUAUAAAGUUAAUAAACCUCUAUU